AUGACGAUGCGAAGCUUUGUGAUCAGCUUGUUGGUGCCUUUAGUGUGUGGCACGUGCCUUGAUGGUGGUGUCCCGCCCUCUGAGCGGAAGAACUUUGAAAAUGAACAUGGGGACUCCUAUCCUGUUGGCAUCUUCGUUCCGGAUUGGGCUGCAUCAUGGGCAGCCAAUGUUUUGGUGGCAACAAUCGUGGAGGAGAUCUUUGGCUACAACGUGAGCAUUGUGAAGGGCACUGGAACGGUGAGUGGCUACUAUGCCGUCAGCGGCUGCGUGGAUCCUACCGCGGCGGGCGAUCCUGGCUGUGGCUUAGGCAAC